AUGAUAUAUAUUUUCCUUUUUAUUAUUUUUCUAUAUGUGUAUCAUAAUAUAAUUUGUGAAUCUUUUUUUUUAAAAAGAAGGAAAGGUGUUAAGAAUUUAUUGUUAUCUGUAUGUCCUAUUGAAAAGAAUUGUAAUAAAUUUAAUAUAUACAAUAGAGAUAUUAUAAAAUAUUAUAAGAAUAGAAAAUAUAUAUAUUUACUACUCCCAAAUAAUAAUAAAAAAUAUGUAAUUAUUAAAAAUCGGAAUCGUUGUAUAUUAAAUAAAUGUACUCAUUCAAAAGGAUGGAACGUGAAUGAUUUUUUAUAUAAUUAUUUAAACAUUUUAAAAUAUAAAAAGAAUAUAGAAAUAGGACGAUUAUCAAAAUGUAUAGGGUAUCAAAAUGGAUAUAUAUAUAGGAAAGAAAAGAUACACUUAUUUUAUAUUUUAAAUAAAAUAAGUCUAAUUAAUUUAAAGAAAAGCUCAAUAUAUAAAAAUAAUUACAAUUAUAAUUAUAACUACAAUUAUAAUUAUAUUAAUAUAUAUAAUAAUAACAAUAAGUUGUUUUAUAGUCCAAUUAAUUAUUCCAAUAUAUGGAAUAAAGAACAUUUUUUCUAUAAGAAGAGGGAGAAAAAUAUAUAUAACAGAUCGAAGAAAAUAUAUAGAAAUGUUUUAUAUUAUUUUCAUAAUCCAUAUGAAAUAGCAAAUGCCAAAAAAAAGAGGAAAACAUUUUUUUCUUUUUUUAAUAAUGACAUAAAAGCAGAAGAAAAUUCAUGUAAUAAUUCGAUGCUUAUUUAUAAUAUUUUAAGAGCUAGUGAAAUUUAUAAUUACGCUAAUAAUGAUAGUAUUAAGAAAAUAUUAAAAGAAAUAAAUUUAUUAUUUCAUAAAAUAAAAAAAAAAAAUUAUAUUGAAACAAAGGAUAAUAAAAAUAUAUGUGAACAUAUAGAUGUGUUAGAAAAAGGGGUAUAUAAUAGUAAUGAUAAAAUUAUAAGUGAAGAUGAUUGUUUAUUAAAAAAUGAGAAUUGUGGAUUUUAUAGAAAGUUAUCAAAUGAUGAAAAAAAUAUUGAGGAUAAAAAAAAAACUGGGGAUAACCAAAAUAUUGGGAAUAAAAAAAACAUUUUGAAUAAUAAUAAUUUCAAUAUUGUUAUAAAAAAUAUGUUGAGUGCAACCCAUUUAAUAUUCAUCAAAAAAUGGAUAGAUAAAUUUACUAAAUAUAUGUUUGAAGAAGAUAUUUCUUUUACAGAUCUUAAAAAUAAUAAUAAUAAUAUAUUAAUAAAAAGUGAUUAUAUUUUUACGAAUAAAUUUCUUCUUUUUUUUCAUUUGCAGUGCUUUUAUUUUCUUUAUACAAAAAGAAAUGAAGAUAUAAAAAAGGAUAUACUAAACAUAAACUGUCAAAAGACAUGUGAUGAAGAAAAAAAAAGGAAUAAUAAUGAAAUGAUAACUUAUAAUAGUCAUAAUAGUUAUGAUAAUAUUAUAAUAUAUUUAUAUAAAGAGAAUAAUAAUAUGGAAGAAUUUUAUGAAUAUCUAAAAAAUAUUUAUGGAGAAGAAAAAAUAUGUUUUUUUAAUUCUGAAAAAUAUAUAAAUAAUGAUAAAAGUUUUUUUAUAAUAUUAUUGUCAUAUGAAGAAUUAUUAAAUUUAUAUCUAUAUAGUAAUAAUACAUCAUAUAAUAUGUUUCAAGAAUAUAUGAAAAGUAAAAUUAAAAAUACCACAGAUAAUAUUAGAAUAUAUAAAAUAUUAUCUUUUUUGUGGAAUAAAUCAUCUAAUUAUAAUAAUAUACAAAGAGAUGAUAGAUCAAAUAAUAUAAUCGAAACAUAUCAAUUUAAAAUAUUUUUACACAAUUUUAAUAUAAUUUAUAAUUAUAAAAGAAGCAUAAUAGAAAGAAAUUUAUAUGAACAUUUAUUUUGUUUAAUACCAAUAAAUAUACAAAAAAAAUAUAUAAGGUUUUAUUUUUUAUCGACUACACAUUUUAAUGAGACCUUAUUUUAUAUAUGGAUAGAUAGUUUAUAUGAGAAAACAAAAAAAAUUUGUUCAUUAGAUUGGACUAAUAAAAACAGAGAAGAAACAAAAAAGAAAUUCUUCAUAUUACAUAAUAAAGGAAUUAUAGAACUCAAAAAAAAUGAUGAACAUGGUAGUAAUUUAAAGAAUUCGUCCAAUGUUGUGAAUGAAGAAAAGAAUACACAUAAAAAAAAAAAAGAAGAUGAACUUAUAAAUAUAGUUAAAAAAAAAAAAAAAAAUUUAUGUAAAAAUGACGAAUUAAUAAAUAAUUACAUGUUAUUAUUUAAUAAUUUUAGAAAAGAGAUUAUUAUAAAUUAUUUAAAAGAAAAUAAUUUAUAUAACAUUAAUAAGUUGAAAAAGAAAGAUAAAAAAAUUAAAAGAAUAUUUAAUAUAGCAAAAAAAAGGAUACUGAAUAAUAAAAAAAAAAAAAAAUAUAUGUAUAUAUAUAAAAAAGAUAUUAAAAAGAAUCCUGUGGAUAUAUCUGAUUAUAUUGAUUUUAUUAUCAAUAAAGACAAGAAAGGAAAUAUAUUAUUAUCAAAAAAUAUAAUUAAUCCUUCAUAUAUAGACAAGGAAGAAAUGUUACAACUACAUGAUAAAAUAAAAUUAUUAUCAAAAGGGUUACAUAUUUGUUAUUAUAAUAAUAAUAAUAUACAAAUCUUAUCAAAACAACAAUAUAAUAAUGAUUUUUAUAAUCUUAAUAUUUUACAUAAUUCAGGUUAUUAUAAUAAAAAUAUAAUAAAUAAAAAUCACAAUAAUUUAAAAAAUAAUAAUUCAUGUAUAUCAUUUAAUGAUGUAUAUUCGAAUUAUACUAAUAAAAAGGUAAAUCAAAAUAUAUGUAUGCAAACGAAGGAAGAUAUAUCAUUAAUUAAACAAAAUGAAAAGAAUAAAUUUGAAUAUUUAAGUAAAUAUUUUUAUUUAUCAAAUAAUAAAAAAAAUAUUCCAAAUGAACAUACGUUUGGUUGUUUUGAAAGGUUAGAUAUAUAUCCAUGCAUUUAUUAUAUAUUAUCUAAUGAUGAAAUAUAUUUUUUAAAAUUUUCAAAAGAAUUAUAUGAACAUUUAUCUGUAUUAGAUGAAUAUUCAAAAAAACGUAUGGAUAAUAUAAUAGAGAAAUUUAAAGGCAAAAUAAAUAUUACUAAAAAUAUGUAUAUAUAUUUAAAUAAAGGAAUUUAUUUAAUUAAUGAAAAACUUAAUAGAUAUUAUGAAAUAUUUAUUAAAGAAUUAUUAAAAAAAAAUAUAAUAAAAAUUAUUUUAUCAUCUAUUGAUAUAUCAUCUGAUGGGUAUAACGUCAAAAGUGUAUUUAUAGAAGAUGUAGAUAUACAAAUGAAAAAUUAUAUAAAUCACUAUAAUAACAUAAUUGAUAAUAUAAAUAAAAUACAUAAGGAUAUAUAUAUAUAUAAUAAUUUAUCAAUAAAAAAAAAUAAAAUAAAUAAUAGUAAUAAUAAUAGUAAUACUAGUAGUUGUUAUAGAAACACAUUUAUAGAUCAUAAUCAGAAUGAUCCAUAUAUUUUUUAUUCUAACCAACCAGAUGAUAUAUAUAGAUUACAUUUUAUAAAAUAUUUUAUGUUUUUAAAUUUUCGAAAUAUUUUUAAAAAAUAUACCUUAUCGAAUAAUCAUUUAUUAAAUUUGUCAAGAAAUACAACCAACGUUUUUUUAAUUCCUAAAAAGUAUGAAGAUAUACAAAUAAUGUUAAAUAUACUUAAUGAUAAUUAUUUAAAUCUUUCAAAUAUGCAUAAUUAUAAUAUUCAAGAUUUUUAUUUUAAUUUAUAUUAUAAUAGUAUACAUAAAAGUAUCAAUAUAAAAUUUAUUCUAACAAAAAAGGAAAAUUUAGUAAGUCUAAAAGCUUUUUCAAAUAAUGAAAAGGAUAUUUUGGAUAUCCAUACUAAAAAUGUAUAUAUAAACAAUGAUAUAUUAAAAGAACAAAAUAAAGAUCAUGAUGACGAUUAUAAAAAUGAGUGUAUUCAAUAUAAUAAAGUUAGAGAUGAUAAUAAUAAUAAUAAUAAUAAUGAUGAUGGUAAUUUCUUGAAAAUAAAAAAAUUUUUUUUUUUUUUUCGUAAAUCUUUUUUUAACCAUAUAGACAGUAAAGCAGACAUUUUAUCUGUCAUUCAUUUUUCAAAUUUACUAAAAUUUUGUAAAAAUAUUCAUAGUAUAUAUAAAUACAAACAAACAAAUGAAUAUAUAUUUAUAAAAAAUUAUGUAAAUAUAUAUAAUAAUGUAUGCUAUUCAUUAAACUAUUUUGAUUUUUUAUAUUAUUAUAUAAAUAAUAAAAAUAAAUUAGAAAAUGUGGACGAAACUUUCAAAAAUCAUUUUGUGAAUUUUUUUUUAUUGAAAAGAAAACAAUAUGAAAAAAAAUUCAUAAAACAUAAUAAAGAAAUGAAAUUAAAUUAUUAUCAAAAGAAAAUAAAAAACUUAAACAAAUAUUUUGAUGAGCAAUAUUUAUAUAUGUAUUAUAAUACUUAUAAUAAUUAUUAUAAAAAGAAGAAAAAAUUAAAUGACUUUAUUAUCAUGUUAUAUAAAGAAAAAUAUUUUAGGCUUCAUAAAUAUAUAACAAAGAAUUAUAAAAAUAAAGUAUUCAAUACACUCGAUCAUAAUAAAUGUAUUAUUUUAGACAUAUAUAAAGAUAGGGAAAAUUUCUUAAAUGAUAAAUUUAUAUGCUUGAAUGAUAUAAAUGAAUUAAUAAUAUGUAACAUAUAUUUUUUUCUUAACAUAAAUGAAAAUUCAAAAAUAAAAAAAAAUAAAAUACUUGAAAAAAAUAAAAUUAAUGAAAAAAAUAAAGUAAAUAAUAAAAGCACUGAUAUUCUUUUUUUUUCUAACAAUAUAAUAAAUAAAAACUUCAAUUAUUUUGAUCAUUUAUUGAAAGAAAGACAAAAUAUUACAUAUAACAUUUAUUUAGAACAUUAUGAUUUUUUAUUUGAUAUAUAUAACAAAGGAGAUCAUAUAUCUACUAUAAGGAAAAUCAAAAAAACCAUUUCUAAAUUUUCAAUUAACAAAAUUGUGUUAAAUGAUAUAAAUAAUUCUAAACAAAUAUCUAAAUAUAUAAAUAUAAAUAAAGUAUUUUCUAAUUCUUACCAUCAAGAAGGUAUAUACACAUUAUAUAAUAAUGUUCUUCUAUAUUUAAAAAAACUAGAUAAUAUGAAGAAAAAGUUAUAUGAUCAAUAUUUUGAAAAAAAAAAAUAUUUAUUAUUACAAAAGAGAAAAGAAAAUAUGAAUUAUUUCAUAAAUAAUUUUAUGACAAGGGAUCAAGAGAACAACACCUCGUGUAAUAAAAAUGUGGACAAUAACAAUAUUAUUAAUAUGAAGAACAAACAAGAUCAUGUCAAUUAUGAAAAGGAUAAUGUUUUGUCAUCACAUGUUGGAUCGCAAGAAUGUUAUAAUAAUAAUCAUAUAGAUAUAAAAGAAAAUUUAUAUGAUCAUCUUAAUAGUAAUAAUACUAAGUCCACAUACGAAAUCAUAAAAAAUGGAGAAACAUCAAAAAAUGAUGUAAGUAAUAAUAUAAAUAAAAAAAUAUUAAGUUUUAAAAAAAUGGAACUGCUAAAUAAGUACAAGAAAAAAAAAAAUACUGGAAAUAGAAAUAAUUAUAUAAAUGAAUUAAAUAAAAUAAAUCGAAUAUUUGGAAAUAAAUAUCAUACAUUUAAUACAGAAUUUCAAAAUAUAUUCCAUUUUUUAUAUAACAUAAAUAUGUUAGAUCAUUUACAAAAUUAUAUUAAUCCUUAUAUAAAAAAUUCUUUGUGGCUUUAUAUUAUAACAUUAUAUGUUAAACAUUCUUAUUCUUUAAAUAAAAACCAGUUUAAUUUACAACCUGAAUUGCUCAUAAUUAUUUUUUACAUAUCUUUCUAUGAAGAUGAGAAUAAUAAUUAUUUGAACAAUUAUUCUCAUUCUUUUGAUAUACCAAAGAAUUCCUUCUUACAGGAUAUAGUUACUGAUAUUUUUGUGUAUAAAGAAUUAUUACAAUCUCUUCAAAAUAGGUUUAAAAUACACAUAGCUAUUCCAUUCAAUUUGUCAGACGUAAUGCAAGUGUUGGAUGGUUUAAGAAAAUUAAAAAAAAAUGAUAUGGGGAAAAUAAAUGAAAAUAUAAUAUCAAAAUUGACGAAUUUGAGUGUAAUAUUACAUAAUGCAUCUCUUUAUUUUAAUAAAGAAAUAAAGGAAACAAUUUUUGAAUAUAUUGGAUAUAUUAAUAUGUUAAAAAGAUAUAAACAGAUUGAAUAA